GAUGGAGAUAUGAUUAAGAAGCCACCCUCCAGGGACCUGGCAAGCAAGAAGUGCCAGCAGGUGCUGAUGGAGCUGGAAGGAGUGCUCCAGCACUUGGAAGUAAUGUUUAGUUUGACGUUGGUUCCUCGGGUUCUUAUUCUACUUGGAGGCAAUGUCAUGAGCCCCAAGGAGCUCUAUGAGCUCAACUUGGAGGGUAUCUGUGAGGGCAGUGCUGAGGAGAGCCUGAAAACUGCAUCCUGUGUUCGCAAGCUCUUUCACUCGCUCUUUGUUGCGGAUGUCUUCAGUGAACUUAAGGCUCUCCCUGUCAUGGGCACUGUUGUUAUGGUCCAAGGACACCGUGAUUGUGGUGUUGAUUGGUUCCGGCCCAAGCUCAACUAUAGAGUGCCGUCCCGAGGGAGGAAACUAACUAUUAACUUGUCCUGUGAUGGAGACAUCAACAUAAGUGCCUCGCCUCCUCAGUAUAUGACUCCUACUUGGGAGGACUACGUCUGGUUUCAAGCACCAGUGACACUCAAAGGCUUACAUGAAUGA